GUCGCUCCGGGAGCCGGCGGAGCGGAGAUGGCGGCCGAGUCCGAGGCGGACGGCGCCGAUGUGCCGGAUUCAGGAGCUGUAUUUACAUUUGGUAAAAGCAAAUUUUCAGAUAAUGUCCCCAGCAAAUUCUGGCUGAAAAGUGACAAAGCUGUUACAAUCAGUUGUGGGGAUGAACACACUGCGCUCAUAACUGAAAAUGGCAAGUUGUACAUCUUUGGGAGCAACAAUUGGGGCCAGCUAGGCUUGGGAACAAAGAACACUAUGAACAAACCCACUUGUGUGAAAGCUCUAAAGUCGGAGAGAGUGAAACUUGCUGCCUGUGGGAGAAACCAUACACUGAUCUGGACAGAGCAAGGAAAUAUCUAUGCAGCUGGUGACAACAGUGAAGGACAGUUGGGCCUGGGUGAUAAUCAAGAAAGAACAACAUUUCAACGUGUGGAGUACUUCACGGGCAAAGGAAAGAUCAAACAGCUGGCUGCUGGUUCAAAUAUUUCCGCAGCCUUAACUGAGGAUGGGAAUCUCUUCAUGUGGGGUGAUAACUCUGAGGGGCAAAUCGGCCUUGGUUCGGAAACCAGUGCCUUUCUACCACGUCAAGUAAAUGUUGGCAAAACCGUCUCCUGGGUUUCCUGUGGAUAUUACCAUUCUGCUCUUGUAAUGGGUGAAGGAGAACUCUACACAUUCGGAGAAUCUGAUAAUGGGAAACUGGGAUUACCACUUGGUGAGACGAUAAAUAAUCGGAUCCCACAGCCUGUGAAUAAUAUUUCAGGAAAAGUCAAACAAGUUGCAUGUGGGGGUGGUCACACUCUUAUUCUUACAGAGCAAGAUGUAUAUGCAUUUGGCUUUGGACAGUUUGGUCAAUUAGGACAUGGCACAUCUGUAUUUGAGUCUACAUUGCCAAAGGUUGUGGAAGACUUGAAGAAAAAAAAGAUACGGUUUAUUUCAUGUGGAGAGAACCACUCUGCUGUUGUGACAGAUAAUGGCCUUCUGUAUACCUUUGGUGAUGGGCGACAUGGCAAGUUGGGGCUUGGUGAAGAGAACUUUACCAAUCAAUUCAAACCUACGCUUUGCACCAGAUUCUUGAAGUUAGCAGUCCAAUCGGUUGCUUGUGGAGGAUGCCACAUGCUCGUACUUGCCAUCCCCAGGCCAUCGGGCUCAGAAAACAUUGUGAUUGAAAGUGAUGACAAGAACAAGAACUAUUUAACUGAUACUUAUACCAUGACAAUGGGCGAUUCAUUUACAACUAACACAUUGAAUCGUUCAUUAUCGGCACGAAUUAGGCGGCGUGAAAGGGAAAGAUCUCCAGAGCAGUUUGGCCAGAUGGUACGUACACUGCCUCCAAUUGGAACUGGUAUCAUAAAGCCUUCUUUGGCUGCCAGUAGUAACGCAAUUCCUGGAGAGAAAAUUAUUGAAAAAAAAAUAAUUGUUCCAAAGCCAAUUAUUAAUGUUCAAGUUUAUGAAAAAUCACCAAUGUCCAACAUAAACAAAGAGGUCAAGGAUGCCCAGAAAAGUUUAGCUGAAGCGGAAUCCGAAGAAGAGGAAAGCGAUAAAGGUCUUGGGGAAACAAUUGAUCCAUUAAACAUGACUCAUACAGUCAUGGUGAAUCCUAAUGACAAAACCCUGACCUUAUCACCUGUUCUUAAGGAACAGAUGGAGGAAAUUCAGAAUGAUGAAAAUGAAGAGGUUGUAUAUGUGGUAAAAGAAAAAAAUAAUAAAAGUGAGGAUGAUGAAGAGGAAAGGAAUAUUCAUGAGGUGGAUGACAGUGAAGAAACAGCAAGUAUAGUACAAGCAGUUGAUGAGAAGGAGAAUGAUGUCAGUGAGCAGGUAACAUCAAUUAAUAAAGAUCAGUUGGAAUCAGAGGAAGAUGAACAAGAUUUAAAAAAAAAAGAAAAUGUGAAAAUAUCAGCAAAAAAUGAAGAUGCUCAAAGAUUUGGUGAAAAUGAAGACUCGGAAAGUUCAGAGUUGGAUGAAUGUUCAGAAAGUUUAGAAGAAAAUGAAGAUUCUGGAAGCUUAGGGGAAAAUGAAGAUUCUGGCAGCUUAGGGGAAAAUGAAGAUGCAGACAGUGUAGGAGAAAUUGAAGACCUACAAAACUCAGGUGAAAAGAGAGACACAGAACAAUCUGGAGCAAAUGAGGACACACAAAUAUCAGGCAAAAAUAAGGACACAAAAAUAUCAGAAGAUAAUGGGAACUCAAAAAUAUCAGAAGAAAAUGAGGGUGAGGACUCAAAAAUAUUGGAAAAAAAAGAGGAAAUAGAUUACGCAAAACAAAAUAAAAACCCAAAAGGUUCUGAAGAAAUGAAAACAUUAAAAGAGAGCAGAUCGAAUGAUUUAUUCAUUAGAACUAAAAAACUGACAUUUUUUAAGAGAAAUUCCACCAAAGAAACUGAAGGAAAAAUACAGUGGAGGAAAACAAAGUCUGAGGAAUCAACCAAAGAAAACUCUGAUGGACAUGAGAAAAAUCUGAACUGUUCAGCAGAGGGUACAGGGGACACCAUUUCCUCUGAUCAAAACACAACAAAAGCAAUACAAAGUAAUUUUAAAAGCAAAUAUAAAUCAGCUACUUGUGUGUUGGUGUAAGGAGCCAACUGGAGAUCCUUCUAAGCAAUUUAGAAGAAGUCGCACUUUAAUUGGAUGGUGUUCCAAAAUGGAGCUUUCCGACUUAUGUAAUCAUGUGCCUAGGAAGCUAUCAGUGUUACCAAAAAUCACUGUCCUUUGAGACCUGCAAAGAAAUAUUUGAUGCUAAGAGAAUAAUUUCUAAUCUUUCAGGGAUUCAAUAACAGUAAUGGCGUAAUGUUUCAAUAACUGAUUUGAUCAGGUAUAUUUUUGUAUGAACAAGAUAUGGUUCGAAUGGUUCAGAACAGUGGCUUUAAUGGUGCUUUUCUAAUUUGUCACUUGUUAUAAAAGUUAGUAGUUAUUUAUCCUACACUUCUCUUAUGUGUAAAUAAUUACGUACAGUUUAUUCAAUGUUUAAAAUUUUGUCAUCGGAAUAAUUUCUUAACUGUCGUAUAAAAUAUUAAACUUAUGUUUGGGUUUUACAUUUUGAAUAGUAAAUCAUUGAAAUUAACUUGGGUCAUGAAUGAACCAGGAUUCUUCAUGGUUUUCAUGUUAUUUUAACACACGAAAAGUAAGUAUAUAGUAUGAUUUUGUGAUAUUUCAGCAGAAUUUAAUUAUUUGGUUAGACUUGUCUUUCCACAGUGAACCCAUUCAUAUCUAUUAACACAUACCAAUUUUAAGUUACAAUUUAAAUGUGCUGUUUUAGAAACAACACUUGUCUUUGAAUUUUAAGCAUAACAAUUGAAUAAAACAUGAAAACAUUUUUAAAACAA